UUGAUCAUAUCAAUGUUGAUAUAACCUUUAACUCUCUAAAGGUGUUGUUUUAACUCUGACUCAAGUGAGACACAAGGAGAGUUACUUCUUGCUGUAUGUCGUGUGUUUUGGUUGUUGUUUGCUUCAUAACCAGAAGGUUGCUGGUUCAAAUCUAAUCUAAUAAUCAAUGCCCAAACAACUGCAUUUUUAAAUUUGAACUACUUACUACAGUGCCGAAAAUGACACUGUUGAGAGUUAAAUAUUAGAACUUCGGCAGAGUAUUGAAUGCUUAACCUCUUCAACAGUGUUGAUUUAACUCUGAAAAGUGUUAAAAAAUAACUCUGUCAGAGUUCAUUUAACACGGUGCGCAGACAUGCGCUCACCUGCUUUGCAUUAGCCUGAAGCACGCACCACUUGGAUCUUGCUUCCAGCUCAGUGAUACAAUUGCUUUUCUUCAAAAACCCACAUGAUCAGCUAAAACCAAUAGGUUAAUUGUCUUCCACCGUGAACCCUGACCUUGACGACGAUCAGUUUUUGCAUAUUCGGAAGCAGUGCUCUGUCCUGUCUGGUGUGAUUGAAGGUGAGAAUGUGAUGUAAAGUGGCAGAUUGUCCCUGAUAAAUACUAAAAAAAAACAAAAAACUCCUGCCUGAGGGUCUGGCACUCAAAUGCAAACAUGAACUGUGUCAUUUUGUCUUGGUCAUUACUCAGAGUUAUUAACUGAAAACUGUGCAUGCGGUUAUUUCUCACAUUAUCAGAGUAGAUUAGCGUCAGGCGGCUCUGGGUCAUGUUACCUUUGACUGGCCUUGGUACCACACUAUAAAUGGGCCAGCAGAGGUAAAUGGUCUGCAGUAAUGAGACAGUCUCUGCAGUGUUUUUGCUAGUUUGCCAACAGUAGAUGCACAUUUAAGCUUUUCUCUUAGACCACUAACCCUUUGCUCGACAAACAGGGUCUAAGAUAUAAAGCUUGCGUUGGAAAAUCAUUUAAAAAGCAGACAGCCUACACAUCAUUUUUUGUUCUUUGUCCUUUUUGGCCUUUUUCACUCCUCAUGAACACCUUUCCGUCCUUCUCUGUGCCUCCCCCCAACACACCGACCAUCCAGUCAGUGUGUAAGCCCUGCCUCCGGGCUCCGUGGAGGAUGAACGAUGUUCCCACACUUGACUAUGAGUUGCUGCUGUCCCCAGCCAGCGGCUCCCUCCACAGCGGUCCUGGUGGUGGCAGCAGCAGCCCUCCUCUAGCACUGGUUGGGGUAGACACGGAGCAACGUACCGCCUUGGCCUUCGUGGGUCUACUCAUGCUCUUCCUGAUCUUCCUGCUGGUCAGAUGCUUCAGGAUCCUGCUGGACCCCUACAGCCGCAUGCCUGCAUCAUCCUGGACUGACCACAAGGAGGGGCUGGAGAGGGGCCAGUUUGAUUAUGCACUGGUGUAGAGUGAAAAAUGUUUUACUCGAUGCAGACCGGAUCUUUUACAACACAGAUUAAUUUAGACACAGACACGGACCAUAAAUAUUGUGAAUGCAUUGUGAGAGGGGAUGCAGGGGGUGUUGUAUAGAGUGUUUGCAGUUGUAUUGUGGUGUAAAUAUGAGGCUGCAGGACUCAAAGUAUCCUGAAAGCUCUGGUUCUACAAGGGGAGAUUCUCCAAGGUCUUUUUGAGUAUUUGUUCUUGGGAUCUUUCACCAGAAGCAAAGGUGGAAUUUCUUUCUUAUACAGUCAUCAUACUCUUAGACUUUUGCACAAUUUAUUUAUGCCAUUAAAAUAAAUCUAACCUUCUCCAUUUAAAAAACAAACAGAACAAAACAAAUCUCUGCUGUGUAAUAUUAAUGAAAUAACAAUGUCAAAGCUGAAAUAAUGGGCUCUAUAAGUGGCUGUACCCAUUAGUAUCACAUGCUUCAAUUCUACUUAUUUAUAUAGCAUCUAAUCACAACACAAUUACACCAAGGGACUACACAUGAGCAAGGUUUAAAUUUUACCCACCCCAUGAGGAAGCACACUGGCGACGGUGUUAAGAAAAAACACCCUGCAACAAUUAUUUAAUUAUAGGAAGAAACCUAAAGCAGUCCAGACUCAGUGGAGCGACCAUCUGCUUUGGCCAUAUGAAUGAAAAAAGCACAACCUCCAGCUAAUAUUCAGUCCAGUGUUCACAAUCACUUAAAUCAACACUUUUACAGUCAGUGUUCUUUAGACACAGCAGGGG